UCCUAUGCGGGACGGCGGCCGGAGCAGCAGCGAGGGCGCUGCUAGCGGUCGUAAGCUACGGUGGCAGCAGCCCGAAGAUGGCCGAGUCCCCGGAGGAGGUGGCCGUGCUGGUGCAGCGGGUGGUGAAGGACAUCAACAGCGCCUUCAAGCGCAACCCGCACAUGGCUCCCCAACCUCCAGGCCAUGGCCCACUUGAGCCUUUUGGAGCCGGACCACAGAAUUGGUGGGCAAUCAUGCAUGUGCGUCCCCAGUUGCAGGAGCAGCAGGCACCACAUGCACAAUUGAUAGAUAUCACGUGUACCUUGUUGUUGCUGAACCCAGAUUUCACUACAGCAUGGAAUGUAAGAAAAGAAUUGAUAUUGUCUGGCACUUUAAACCCCAUUAAAGACUUACAUCUUGGGAAAUUAGCACUAACUAAGUUUCCAAAAAGUCCAGAAACAUGGAUUCAUAGACGAUGGGUUCUGCAACAUUUACUCCAGGAAAACUCCUUGCCCACUCUUGUGACUAAAGGGAACUUAGAAGCAUUACCCACAGAAAAAAUGCAGCGGCUGGUGAAAGAAGAAAUGGAUGUUUGUUGUGACGCUGCUGGACGAUAUCCAAGUAAUUAUAAUGCCUGGUCCCAUCGUAUCUGGGUGUUACAGAAUUUGGCAAAGCUCAAUACAAAGAUUCUUCUUGAUGAACUUUCUUCCACUAAACACUGGGUCUCCAUACAUGUUUCAGACCAUAGUGGAUUCCACUACCGUCAGUUUCUAUUAAAAUCUUUAAUAGUCAGAACUGGGACUGAUUGUAUUAUAAAGUUAUUUGAUCACCCAACCAAUCAACAAACAUCCUGUUUUCCAAAAGAUGAAGCAGAUGAAGGUGCAGAAGCUUUUUGCAUGGAAAAGCAACUGCCAGAUCACUCGUUGUAUCUGAAAGAGGAAAUAGAGCUCUGCACUGAUUUAAUUAACACUUAUCCAGGACAUGAAACAUUGUGGUAUCACAGACGUCAAGUCUUCUACCUUCAACACCACUUAAAGAAGUGUCCAAUUCCAAACAUCUGGUCAUCAGCUUCAAACAAUAGUGAUGGAACAGUUAAUAAUUCACUUCCUCAUGUUACAACUGGCCAUACCACACAAGACAUGGAUGUUGACAGCUUAACGGAAUGCAACAAACAAGGCUACAGUCAAGAAACCAAGCGCCUGAAGCGUGCUCCUAUGCAGGACUGUAUCAACGUGGAAGAAGAAUAUAAGUUCAUUGAUCACGUUUUGUCUACGUGUAAGGAGGAGGAUCAGGCAAGGUUUGCAAGUUCAUAUAGAAAAUGGCUAGUGUCUUUUCUAGGCCAGUGAAGAUCUUUUAAAACUCUUUAGGGUCUUUGUUUAGUGCAAUAUCUUCUUUACAGACAGGUGUACUUAGGACCCCUGGCACUUUUCGCCCUUCUGUUAUUCCUGCCACUGCUAAACUUCAUUUACUGAUGUUGGGUUUAGUUCUAUUUAUAUUUUUAAAAGCCACUUUGUUAAUUUUUAUGGAUCUUUGUAGGAUA